AAAAUAUCUAUCACUAGUCGAAGCCGGCUUUGCAUUAUUUCUCCGGCAAGCCGUGCGAGAAACACGCGACCGAUGUACAAGCGGUUCACUUAUUUAUCGUGGCCCCAAGCAAACUGAUCGUGAAACAUGUUGUGAAUUUUUCACGGGGAAGAUCGUUCUCUAGCCUCUUCUCCCGCCCUCCAGUCUGCUAUAUCCCUUUAGAAAUUUCUACAAAAGGCGUAACACCAGCAACCUCGAUUCUCGUUUAAAAAAUUGAAAGACUAUUUCUCGUGGCUCGAGUGUAUUCUCGAAAUACGUUGGUACAACGGUAUACAAGAUGUUGUCUAUGUUGUUGGUGCUUUUACUCUUUCGUCAAUUCUCGCCCGCCAUUGGAUUCAACAUCCUCGGAAUUUGUCCCAGCGCGAGCUACAGUCACCAGCAACCCUUUCAAGCAUUGAUGAAAGCUUUGGCGGUUCGUGGACACAACGUUACCGUGAUAUCAACCAUUCCGUCAAAGCAAGCGAUCAAGAACUACGAAGACGUCGAUCUGUCGUUUUCCUAUCGGAAGAAAGACUGCACCGGGCUAAGGCACAUGGGAGCAUUCACCCUUCUGCGGAAGAACAUGCGAGAGGCGAACGAGCUUUGCGAGGAGCAACUGUUCAGCCCAGCCAUCGAGCACCUAAUUUCGAGGAAUAAGAGCUUCGACGCGGUUGUUAUAGAACAGUUGUGGUACCAAUGCUACUACGCCCUCGUCAAGCAUUACAAUUCACCGGUUCUAAUCGGAUUCCUGAGCGUUGGAAACCUACCAUACGUUAUGGACUCCGUUGGAAAUCCUGACGACCCGCUGUUGAACCCCGACAUGGCAUAUCCAUUCACGAAUAAAAUGAGCCUGAACGAACGUAUAUGGAACAUCGUCUAUACAACGUGGACCAGAAUGUACUAUAAAUACUGGCAUUUACCGAGGGCUCAGGAGAUCGUUAACAAGUGGAUGCCUGACGUUUCGAUCGAGGACAUCGACAGAAACUUCAGUCUAGUGAUAUUGGGAAACAAUCACGUAUUCGGAUAUCCGAAACCGCUGCUGCCAAAUGUAAUCGAGGUUCACAGUCUCCAGAUCACGGAGAAAAGGGAAACCUUGCCCAAGGACAUUGAAGAAUUCCUAGACAAGGCGGAGCACGGGGCGAUCUAUUUCUCCCUAGGCUCGAAUCUGCAAACUCAUCAGUUGCCAGUCGGCCCUUUGACCGCAUUGUGUAACGCGCUCAGCUCGCUCAGGCAAAGAGUUCUAUGGAAACACUCCGGAGACAUGGCCAUUCAUCCAGCCAACAUCAAAUUUGUGAAGUGGGCACCCCAGCAAGCGAUUCUCGCACAUCCGAAAUUGAUGGUCUACGUGAUGCAAGGUGGAUUGCAGUCGUUGCAAGAGGCGGUGUACUAUUCCGUGCCGGUAGUUGCCAUUCCCUUUUUCGGGGAUCAACUUUUCAACGCGCGUAAAAUUCUGGAUGCUGGUAUCGGGCUUACGUUGAACAUUGAUACCAUCACCGAAGAGUCCGUCGUCCGGACUUUGACCGAAGUUAUAGAGAAUAAAACAUACUACAACAAUAUCAAAGAGAUGUCGGAGAUUGUAAAAGAUGAAUUGAUAAAGCCAAUGGACCGAGCUAUAUGGAAUGUGGAGCACGUGAUCAAAUUUUCCAAAUCGAAACAUUUGCGUUACUACGGCCAUGAUAUAUCGUUGAUAGAUUACUAUGCAACGAUAGCGAUCCUUAUCCUGCCCUUAUUUUUCAUAAUAUGCUACGUUUGUUUCGUGCUUAAUAAUUUGGGAGACAAGAGAAAACGUUCUUCGUUCAAUUGUACGAAAGAUCGAAUUAAAUUCUUUGCACGAUCAAAAGUGGAAUAAUUACGAUACCUUUAACAAAGGCAAGAUAAUUGUAAGUUCACUAUUAUGUAAUAAAUUUCAUUCGAUAGUGUUUGAUCGUGGCUAAAUUUUCAAAUAAACAUUGUUAAAAUA